AUGCAGAUCUUCUCGCUCAACUUUCUUGGCAUCUUCGUCCUUGUGGCUUUAAAGGGUACAGUGACGGCGGUUGCGCACACAGUCGGGAUCAACUACACGAUCGAUGUGACUGGUCUAGAUCCAGAUCAAGCACCUUAUAAGUAUCACAUUCACUUGCGUCCUGUGCCUGAAAACGGAGACUGCCUGGAAACGGGGGGACACCUUGACUCCUACGUCCGUGGGGAUACACCGCCAUGUGACAGCUCAAUGCCACAAACUUGUGAGGUGGGAGACUUGUCUGGAAAGUAUGGUACGGUGUCAGGACCAGAUGUCAAAAAAGAGUUCAAUGAUCCGUACACGGCGAUGAAUAUCAUCCAACUGGGGUAUAUUGGAAACAGAUCAAUCGUUUUCCACGACGCAAGCGGCGCCCGCAUCGCCUGUGCUACGCUGGUAAAAGUUGAGGAGGAUGAAGUCGAGGAAGAAAACGAAGCAGAGGAGGAAUCAGAAUAA